AUGUCGUUCACGCCGCUCUCCUCCGGCAACCGGCAGCAUCCGGAGGCAGACGCAGCAGCGGCGGCGGCGGUGGCGGCGUUGGCCACGUAUGCCGCGUUGCGGUCGGCAGGCGCACAUGCGGGUGCAUGCAGCGGAAAAGAUUGCGGAAAAUUGAGCUUUGCGGACGGAGACGACAUUGUGCGCUCCCCGGCAGGUGUGGGCGCUGACAAAGGCCACGGCGCCGCAUCGGAUGACCAGAUCUCCAAUCGGGAGGCCUUUGCGGCGGUGCUGGCGGUGGAGGACGCACCGGCGGCGGCGUACUCGGCGGCCGAGGCGGUGAUGGAGGCUGCGCUGGCAGCGGCGGCAGCGGUGGCAGCGGGCAAGGCUGUCGUCGACUGGUCAGUCCAUGCUGCCGCCAUGCCGCAGGGCAACAAUCUGCUCUACGGCGAGUACGGUGACGCCGCGGCGUUUGAGGCCCGCAUGAUGGCGCUGUACGACGCGCUGGUGGCCGAGGAGGUGCGCGCGUGGGAGGCCGACGGCGCCGUCCCGCGGUGGCCCGAGGCCUGGCAGUGGCGUGAGUACGUGGCCCAGCUAGCACCGUUCAAUCUUGUCGACGGUGCGUGGCUGGCAGGUACGGCGGCUCUGGUGGGGCCGACAGACUCGGUCUCGGCCGCGCUCCACUCGAUUCAUUACGACGAGACCGGCAACGGGGUGGUGGCGCAGAAUCACGCCAAGGUCUACCUCGACUUGCUUGAGGCCAUGGAUCUUGUCGAGCCGAUCUGGCGCGAGCAAGCCGGCGGAAGCGGACACCCCAUCAUCGGCGCGCCGGCCUUUGCCGCCUCGCCACUCUUCCUCGACUCGGCCUUUGACAACGCAGCCAUGCAGCUGGCAGCGUCGCUGCUCCCGCUGCGGUACAAGCCCGAGAUCUGCGGCUUUACGCUCUGGCUCGAGUUCUUUGCCUCGCCGAUCAAUGCCCGCCUCGCGCGUGAGGCAGCGCCAUUUCUUCCAGACACCAUUUUCUUCCGCCUCCAUGGUGCCAUCGACAACGUUGCCGCCGGGCACGGCCGGCAGGCGCUCGAUGCCGUGCACGACCUGCUGAGCGCGGUACCACGAGGCGCCGAGCGGGAGGCGCUCUUCCGCCGGGUCUGGCGCGGCUUUGUCGCCUUCCAAACCACCAUGGACAGCGUCAUGGCCGAGCUGGAGACGCUCGACGCGCCGCUGGCGCGAGUCGCAGGCGGCGGCGGCGGCUCCUCUCCUGCAACUGAGGUGGCGCCAGUCCGCGCAUGGGCGCACGAGCCAGUGGAUGCCAUCAACGCCGCUGUCGACGCGCUACUAGUGCAAAAAGCCGCCUUUGCCAAGGACCUGCACGGCGAGGCCGUGGUCGCCGGCGGGAGCCUCAACGACGCGUUUGCGGCGCUGGAGCGUGGCGAACACACCGGCGGCGCGGCGGCGCUGCGGGCGGCGCUGGCGGCUUCGCCGCACGUCGUCCCGGGCAAGCCGCACCGCUCGGCCCUAGUCACCACACUCGUCGGCUUCCGCGGGCCCAUGUACUGCAUCUUUUCCGACAACGAGAUCGCGCUGCUGAGCGCAUGGGUGGCGAGUCUCGACAGCGACGAGUCCGAGCCGGCGCAGGCGGAGCCGGCGCAUAUCGACUACUCGGACGCUGCGCUGGCUGCCGCCAUCUCGGCCAUGAUGGGCGAGGUGCGCAAGGCCGGCGCCCGCGCCCACCGCGCCUCGACUAGCAUCGGCGGCCGUGGCGUCAACGCUCUCCUCGGCGAUGCCAGCGUGAGCGACGACGAGCUGGUGCGGGUCCUUGCCGACGACGCCACCGGGCGCGCAGCCUUUGCAGCGGCGAUUGCUCCGGGACGCCCGAUGGCGCGGGCGUUGGGGCGGUAUGCUGGGCUCUUGGCGCGGUGGGAGGCGGCUGGGUGCCCGGUUGUGGACGGAUCGAGCUAAAGUAGGCCAACAUGCG